AUGGCGCAGCGACCGAUUAAUAUCCUGGUCAUUAACCCUAAUUCAUCCCAAGACAUGACCCAUGGGAUGGAAACAGCCGUCAAAGGCAUGACCUCCAACGAUUCUAUCAAAGUCUAUACCUAUACAGCCCCGCCAGAAAGUCCCCCCAGCAUCGACAAUGGCGAACACAUAGAAAGCAGCACCGAGAUUGUCCUCAAGGACCUCGCUCACUCUGGCGAGCUCGAGAAGUACGACGGCGUCCUCGUCGCCUGUUACAGCGUCCACACCCUCGUCGACCGCCUGUCCAGGCAGUACGGCGACCGCCUCGCCGUGACGGGCAUAUUCGAGGCGAGCAUCCUCACAGCCACGGCGUUGCUGCCGCAGACCAUUGUCGGGGCGCCGCCGAGCCAGUGGGGCAUCGUCACGACCGGUUCGUUCUGGGAGAAGCAUCUCGCUGACGGCGUGACGGGUUAUCUGGGCCAGGUUGGCAGCGGCGGCAACACCAAGUUCAAGGGUGUCGUCUCAUCGGGCCUGACUGCGGGUGAUUUUCACCACGUGAGCCCGGAGGAGGUCAAGGCCAAGCUUGAGGAGGCGACGAGGAAGCUCCUCGGCGAUGGCGGCGUCAGCUGCAUUGCGAUGGGGUGUGGAGGCAUGGCUGGGCUGGAGGACAUUAUUCGGUCCACGGCCGUUGCGCAGUAUGGAAAGGAGAAGGGCGGCAACAUCUACGUUGUUGAUGGCGUCAAAGCAGGCAUCAUGCAGCUGGAGCAGACGAUCAGGAGCAGACGGCUGUUCCAGCCGAAUGAGGCGUGA